UGUUUCGGUGGAAAGCCCGAUGCACGGUUUCCCACAUUUGUUUCAAUGGCUACCGCACAGAAACCACGUCCCACCUGAGAGGGAGCGGUUCAGCUGCGAGCAGAGGAGCACCAAACCAGAACUGAGCCGCAGUACCGCGCUGUGUGGGGUUUACCGUGCGCGCUGGAGAUAAACGCGCUUACUGGCGGACAGUCUGUGGAUCCUGAGGAAAGAAGGGGACGUGAACAGAGGCCCCUGUUGCUCGAGAGCGCCUCACUGUAGCGUCUGCCACCAUGGUGGAACCAGCCGACAGGCCGUCUACAGCCGGACAGAGGCUGGGCGCCCCUGAGAGUUUUGGGGUGUCCACCCUGGAGCCAGGCCUGCGUCCUCCUGCCCAACCUCCAGGGAGACAGGUCUCCAUACGGGUUCAGAUGCUUGAUGACGUACAGGAAGUCUUCCAGAUAUCACAACGUUCCCCUGGCAAAGUGCUGUUUGACCUGGUUUGUGCCCAUCUCAACCUGACAGAGGGAGACUACUUUGGACUGGAGUACCAGGACCAGCGGAAGAUGACGGUGUGGCUGGAUCUGCUGAAGCCGACGCUGAAACAGAUCAGACGGCCUAAAAACACCAUCCUUCGUUUUGUGGUGAAGUUCUUCCCUCCUGACCACACACAGCUCAUGGAGGAGCUGAGUCGGUAUCUGUUUGCCCUGCAGAUAAAACGUGACCUUGCCUGUGGUCGUCUCAUCUGUAAUGACACCAGCGCUGCUCUCAUGGUCUCCCACAUAAUUCAGUCGGAGAUAGGAGACUUUGAUGAGACCCAGAGCUGGCAGCAUCUCCUCCACAACAAGUACCUGCCAGACCAGGACGCCAUCCGAGACAAGAUCACCGACUGCCACCGCAAGCAUGUCGGGCAGACCCCUGCAGAGUCAGACUACCAGCUGCUGGAAAUCGCUCGGCGGUUGGAGAUGUAUGGUGUUCGUCUGCACCCAGCCAAGGACAGAGAGGGGACUAAGCUCAGCCUGGCCGUGUCACACACCGGGGUGCUGGUUUUCCAGGGGUACACAAAGAUCAAUGCUUUCAACUGGUCCAAGAUUCGCAAACUCAGCUUCAAACGCAAACGGUUCCUAAUCAAGCUGAGAGCAGAUCCCACACAGAAUGCCCACCACGACACGCUGGAGUUUGCCAUGGCCAGCAGGGACUGCUGCAAGGUCUUCUGGAAGAUCUGCGUAGAGUAUCACGCCUUCUUCAGGCUCUUUGAGGAGCCCAAGCCCAAACCCAAGCCCAUCCUCUUCACCAGAGGAUCCUCGUUCCGGUUCAGCGGUCGAACUCAGAAGCAGAUCAUCGACUAUGUGAGAGACUCUGAGCUAAAGAAAGUUCCAUUUGAAAGGAAGCACAGUAAGAUUCUGUCAAACAGCGGCAUGUCCCCUCACUCGUCUUCCUUCAGAUCACAAGUGCCAAAAGAGAGUGCCAUGUCUGUCCUGUCAGCAGACCAGCCUGACUCAGUCAGACUGGGCCAUCAGGCUGAAUCUAACGGUUCAGAGGAGCCGCCACUGGUCACAGCCCCUGCCAAUGGUUUCCGAGAUAUCCCGGUUGCGCCUGGCUCAGACCCGAUUCAGUCCAAACAGAACCACCACGGCGCAGGGUCGGCCCCGGACCAGCAGCUCCUCAACCCAGGAAGCCCGGGUUCAGAUGACUCUCCUCUGGGAAGUCCCCGUGUGGUAGUUAACGGCAACGGCUCAGUAAAUGGACAGGAGAUGGGUGGCACCGGUGUCCUGGGUCCAGGUCAGAGUCCUCAGGGACAGCAGCUAUCGCCACUCACCAGCCCGCUGCUGACUGAGGCUGGAUAUGUCCGCAACGACGAUGAGGAUGAGGCGAGGAGGAAGAAGUUUCCCACAGACAAGGCCUACUUCAUCGCCAAGGAGCUGUUGACCACGGAGCGCACCUACCUCAAAGACCUGCAGGUCGUCACAGAGUCCUUCCAGAGCUUUGUGGGCAAAGACGAGGCAUUUCCAGACUCUGUCAAGAACCUGAUCUCUUCCAACUACGAUCCGAUAUACAAGUUUCACCAGGGAUUCCUCAAAGAGGUGGAGCAGCGUCUGGCACAGUGGGAGGGCAGGUCCAACGCCCACAUUAAAGGAGACUAUCAGCGAACUGGUGAUGUUUUACUGAAGAACAUUCAAGGGCUCAGGCAGCAGUUGACAAUUCAUCUCCAGAAACAUUCAGAGUGCUUGGUUGAACUGGAACGGGCCUGUAGGUCCAGUCGGAAGGUGGAGACUCUGUGUCGAGACCUUGAGCAGCAGAGGGUUUGUUACCUGCCCUUCAACAUCUUCCUGCUGCGACCUCUCCAUCGCCUGCUGCACUACAAACUCAUCCUGGAGAGGCUCUGCAAGCACUACCCACCCACCCACGAUGACUUCAGGGACUGUCGAGCGGCCCUGGCGGACAUUUCAGAGAUGGUGCUGCAGCUUCAAGGCGCCAUGAUGAAGAUGGAGAACUUCCAGAAGCUUCUAGAGCUGAAGAAAGAUCUAACCGGCAUCGACAACCUCGCCAUCCCCGGAAGGGAGUUUAUCAGGCUCGGCUGCCUCAGCAAGUUCUCAGGGAAGGGCCUUCAGCAGAGAAUGUUCUUCUUGUUCAGUGACUCCUUGGUGUACACCAGUCGAGGGAUGACCCCGUCCAACCAGUUUAAAGUCCACGGCCAGCUGCCGCUCUAUGGCAUGACGAUCAGAGAAACUGAGGAGGAGUGGGGAAUCCCUCAUUCCUUCACCUUGUUUGUACAACGCCAGUCUGUGGUGGUUGUAGCCAGCUGUGCGUCGGAGAUGGAGCGGUGGGUGGAGGACAUCAGGAUGGCGAUCGACCUGGCAGAACAGAGCAGCAGCCCCAACGCUGACCUCCUCUCCGACAACAAGCUGUUGGAGGACAGUGGAACCGAGCAGGAGUCGGAGGAGGAGCUCGGCGGCUCGCGCUCCUCUCUGGAGCGUCAGGGUCACCGUGGUAACACCACCGUGCACGUCUGCUGGCAUCGCAACACCAGCGUGUCCAUGGUGGACUUUAGUGUUGCUGUGGAGAACCAGCUGUCGGGGAACCUGCUGAGGAAGUUUAAGAACAGUAACGGCUGGCAGAAACUCUGGGUGGUCUUCACCAACUUCAGCCUCUUCUUCUACAAGUCACAUCAGGACGACUACCCUCUGGCCAGCCUCCCUCUGCUGGGCUACUCUGUCACCGUCCCGUCUGAGUCAGAGAACAUCCACAAAGAUUACGUCUUCAAGCUCCACUUUAAAUCCCACGUCUACUACUUCAGAUCAGAGAGCGAGUACACCUUUGAAAGAUGGAUGGAGGUGAUCCGCAGCGCCACCUGCUCCUCCAGCCACUCCCUGCCCAGCACCAGGAAAGACCUUUACUGAUGGACCUGCUCCUUCCUCCUCAUUGCUCUGACACUCGCCUUGGUUAAGAGCUGGAGUUCAGACGGCACAGACACCAGAAAAGACUCUUAUUAUAGACAUCCUGUUGCACACAGCAGGCACUCAAACCGACACUAAUUAAUACCUCUGAAUAGUUGAUUCACAGCCUUCACACGUGCGCACACACACACACACACACACAUCGCUCAGAGGUCUUCCCACUUCACCUCCUGUUAUUAUUCACUUUCUGCACCACUAGUGUCUGAUUAGAGGCUGGGAUGGAAGUCGUCCACAAUGUACAUGUUUUCCUGACCAACUGUUUAUUUUUGACUUUAUGUUUGUGCCACUGAGUGAUGUUCACAUGCACAC